AUGGCUGGCCUUUUAACUCAGCUUCUACUCUCAACAAACAGGAUCAUGUUGAGCCUAAUCGUUGCUCUUAGCCUUUUGACGGCUGUCGACGCCUUCAGAUUCCAUUAUGAGGAAUAUGUCAACGGUGCCGAAUUUUUCGACAAACGCUGUGUCAAAGCUUUGACAAGCAACAUUGACUGCGACCAGGACACCAGGAUGGUAGGGCAAUAUAGGUCAAUGGGAUGGCUGGGAAGUAACAGAACAGCUGACGCCAUGUGCCUCACAACUUGCUUCGACUCCCUUCAGAGAUGGAACAAAACAGUGACCGAGGAAUGCGACAAGGAUCUAAACAGAGCCUUCCCGCCGCUUCUGCUCGAAGACGAAGUCAAAUUAGCCAACCAGGUGCAACAAAUGUGGAACGCAACCUGUAUCAGGGACACCAAGUCUGGUCGAUAUUGCUUUGAACCAUGUCACCCCUGCUACGGUAUGGUGGUCAAAGUCAUGUUGAAUUCCUCAAUCGAGGCGUUAGACCUAUGGGGUUUGGAUGAUGAUUAUUGGAGAGGUCAACUUGAACUUGUCCAUGAGAAAUGCGGCGGUCCAGACAAGAUUGAGAAGGAUUUUGAAGAACAGAAAGUGUACAAUGCUUCUCAUGCCAGGGAACCGGAGUUGAAGGAGAUCAAAGGCACAGCGGCUAUGAUCAACCAAAUGGGCGGUGUUUGGAUUACAGUGCUGACUUUUGGAUGGAGCCUUUUUAUGUUAUAG